CGGGGAUGAUUCAUCCGGAUGUGAUUGUGUGUAAUGACUUCUAGUAGCCCAGGCAGGCCAGGCAUGCUGUAUUGUGUGAUGUGUAGUAAACAGUGGAAUUCCUUUGCAAAUCUUUGACUUGUGUGCUGUGCUGGUAUUUUGGAAUUACGUGUAGAAAAGGACUUUCAUUAAGUAAUCUGUCCGAUAUUUUUCUCUGUGAUGAGACCACCAUGAUGCCAGAUCAUUUAUAUCAACACCUAAAAGUGGGACAUGAAAGUUUAAAAACCAGGUCACACUCGACCCAAGGCUCUAAUAUGGAACCCAAACAACGUAAAAGACGCCCCCCAGGGUUUGUUGUGCAGACACCUGAACCUCCACCGAACCCGACGCCCCCACGUGACCUUGACUCUAAGGCAACCAUCAAGAUUCGGGAUCAAGAAUUCGUGAUUGAGGCCAGCGACCUUAUACUCAAGAGGAAUCUAGGUCGCGGAGCUUAUGGGGUGGUAGAUGAAAUGAAACAUGUUAAAAGUGACACAAUUUUAGCAGUUAAGAGAAUCACAGUAACAGUGAACAGCCAGGAACAGAAGCGUUUAUUAAUGGACCUGGAUAUCUCCAUGCGGAGUGGAUCCUGCCCUUACACAGUCACCUUCUAUGGUGCUUUGUUCCGUGAGGGGGAUGUAUGGAUAUGUAUGGAGGUAAUGGAUGCAUCGUUAGAUAAAUUCUACAAGAAAAUUUGUGAGAAAGGUGACCGAAUACCUGAGGACGUGGUGCGUGUCAUUGCCUUUUCAGUUGUGAAAGCAUUAGAUUACCUGAAGAAAGAACUGGGUGUGAUACACCGUGACGUUAAACCAUCAAAUAUCCUUAUUAACAAGCAAGGCCAGGUGAAAAUCUGUGAUUUUGGGAUCAGUGGAUACCUUGUCGAUUCAGUUGCCAAAACAAUGGAUGCUGGAUGCAAGCCCUAUAUGGCUCCCGAGCGCAUCAACCCAGGAGAGGGUCAGAGGGCUUACGAUAUCAAAUCAGACGUAUGGAGUCUGGGUAUAACACUGAUUGAGUUAGCGACAGGAAAGUUCCCUUACCCCUCGUGGAAGACACCAUUUGAACAGCUGAAGCAGGUUGUACAGGAUCCUCCACCAAAUCUGCCCCCUGAUGAGUUCUCGCCAGAGUUUGAUGAUUUUGUCAAAAAAUGUUUGCUGAAGGAUGUUAAGUAUCGCUCCAACUAUGCAGAGCUCCUGACGCAUCCGUUUGUGGCAGAGGAGAGAAUUAUGGACUCGGCUACCUUGGCAACUUAUGUACAGGGAGUGUUUGAGAAAUUUGGUGACCCAAAUGAAACCAGCUAAUGACAGGGAACUGUUAGCUUGUAUUGUUGUAUUAUGAGGUUCCAGUGACACCUGCACAAACUCUUGCGGACAACGUCGCGUAAACAUGACAACGUGGGGAGUCGAUUCGCAUCUCCACAAGAAACAACAUAGUGAGGAGUCAAUUCGCCCACAUCGCCACAGGAAACAGCAUUGUGGGUAGUCGAUUCGCCCACAUCGCCACAGGAAACAGCAUUGUGGGUAGUCGAUUCCCCCCCCUGCCACAGGGAACAGCAUUGUGGGUAGUCGAUUCGCCCACAUCGCCACAGGAAACAGCAUUGUGGGUAGUCAAUUCACCAACAUCAGUAUAGGAAACAGCAUUGUGGGAAGCUGAUUUGCGCACAAUAAAAAAUUCUAGGGAUCUUAUUCAGCUAUAACUCGAUAGAAAAUAGUGUCUCGGAGAGGUGCUUACAACCCCAUAGAAAAAAGCGACGUGAAGAAGAGACUCAUACGUGUCACGCCAUCGUAAAUGACGUCAUGACAAGGCGACGUAGAACGAUUCUCCAGCGACAGAUUAUGCUGGUGUCAUGUGAACAGUUGUUUUAACUGAUUUAUGUUUGAAAUUUGUCUUGUAAUUUAAGUUACAUAGAGAAAUAUGCCAAUGACAUUUAGAGCAUUGUUGUAUUAUAUCAUUAUUUAUGUAAGUAUAUAUAUAUAUAUAUCAGAAAGCCGUCAUCUCAAACAUGUUGUAUGGAGAUGACUGUGGGCUUUGUUGUUAAAUUGUUAAUAGGUCACAAAGUUAAUAAUACAUUUCAUUCCCCACAAAUACCAGUACCAGUACAUGUGUACAUUGAAAACUCUGUAAUCCAGAUUCCGAUAAUCCAGAAAAAAACUUUGAUAAAAAUUCCUGGAGAUAUGUAAUUUUAGAUGAUUAUUCGUAGAUAAAACAAAAUCCUUAAAAACUUUUAUUCUGUAAGAUGAGGGAAGAUUAAUGGCGUUUUGGUUUACUCAAAAACCUUUCAUGACCUGACCUUGAAUUAUGGUUCUCCUGUUUUUUUAUUUUCUUAGUAAUAGUACAAUUUUUUUCUGGUUCUUACGUCAGUAUUAAAUUUCAUUUCAAAUCAAUUUUAUUGUAUUCAAAAAAACACAAUUGGAUUAGGCACAGGCAUUGCCAGUAUUAAAUACAUGUGUAAAGAAAUAAUCAGCAAAUUAUGGCUAUGUAAGUUCUAUGGAGAUGUGUUUUAAUCUUUCUUGAAGAGUAAGACUGAAUCUAGAGGUACCCAGUGCAUUGUACUAUGAUCCAUUUUCGUAAUUCCGGGCGUUACACUCGCUUACAUUCUCUGCACCUCUGGAAUUUGUCAUGACAACAUCAAAGACACUACGAAAGGUAUUUGAUUGGUUCCAGUUUUUAAAAAAACAGACCAAUUGCUUGGAUUAUACCUGUCCUUUGAAGAUUACCAAGAGGCGACACCCGGCUUCAUUGCUGGUGGAUUUUACCGUUAGGCUGCUUCGUGGUUCUUUUGAUGGACAUCAAGGAAUCAAAAUACUCUUCUUCAAUCAUCCACAAACUGGCACACACCGAGCCUUUGAUUUCGUUAUGACAUAUUCCAGAGAUGCAGAGAAUGUAAGAGAGCGAAACACCUGGAAUUUUGAGGAUGGCUACUAUUAAGAGGAAUGAAAUUGUCUUUUAGCAUAUUUACUUUAUCAAUUAAACAUAUUUUCACAUAUUUUUAUUGCGAAGACGAUAUCACACUUCUUGUAUAGGGCUGCCUACAUUUCACUGAAUUUACCUUACCAGUCUCACUAAUUUACUAAUCGCAAUCUGCAACUUUUGUUUGGGGGGGGGGGGGGGGGGG